AUGGUCUGGCAAGAGUGGUGGCCACAUGACCCUGUUCCAGAGUCCAAGGUAACGGAUCCAUAUUUAGUCAAGGUAAAGCAACACCAGGUUUACUGGUGGUGUUCCUGCGGGAAAAGCAAAACACAACCAUGGUGUGAUGGAUCGCAUAAAGGAAGCAAGUUUAAACCCGUAAUGUAUGUACCUCAACACAACGGUAGGAGGUUACUCUGUGGCUGUAAGUUCACAAACAAAAGACCAUUGUGCGACGGUUCACAUUUUUGGGUAAAGGCGCACAGAAACUUUCCAAAGGCUGCGGCUGGAACGUUUGGUUUCUUUUUCACGUUUGGUGUAUUUACAUCUUGGAUACUGCAUCCAUAG